AUGGCCGCCGACCCUAGCUCCGACCUCGCCAACGGGGCCCCGGCCCCCGCCCCCGCCGCGGGCGCCGCCGACAAGAAGAAGUCGCGCGAGAGCGAGCGCCGCCGCCGCCGCCGGAAGCAGAAGAAGAGCAAGGCGCCCGCUUCCGACGCCGCCGCCUCCGACGCCGACGCGGCCGCAGAUGCCGAGGAGGACAAGCCCGACUCCAAGCCCCCGGUGGAGAUCGAGGUGGAGUACGUGCCGGAGGAGCCGGACCUCGCCGACGGCCUCCUCGCCGACUUCAAGAGCAUCUUCGACAAGUUCACCUUCAAGGAGCCCGUCGCCGCCGAGGACGGGGAGAAGAAGGACGAGGCGGCCGACGCGGCGAAGAAGGGGUCAGGGUCUGACUCGGACGACGACGAGCAGGAGACCCAGCAGAAGAAGAAGGAAGGGGGCAUCUCCAACAAGAAGAAAAAGCUUGAACAAAGGAUGAAGAUCGCGGAGCUGAAGCAGAUAUGCAACAGGCCCGACGUCGUGGAAGUUUGGGAUGCGACUGCAUCAGACCCCAAGUUACUUGUCUAUCUGAAGUCUUACAGGAACACAGUACCUGUCCCAAGGCACUGGUCUCAAAAGAGGAAAUUCUUGCAGGGCAAGAGAGGUAUUGAAAAACAACCAUUCCAACUUCCUGACUUCAUUGCUGCAACUGGAAUAGAAAAAAUUAGACAGGCAUAUAUCGAGAAAGAGGAUAGCAAAAAGUUGAAGCAGAAGCAGCGGGAGCGUAUGCAGCCAAAAAUGGGCAAGAUGGAUAUAGAUUAUCAGGUUUUACACGACGCCUUCUUCAAAUAUCAAACAAAACCAAAAUUGACUAGUCAUGGUGACCUUUACUACGAAGGAAAAGAGUUUGAGGUCAAACUCAGGGAAAUGAAGCCAGGUAUGCUGUCCCGAGAACUUAAAGAAGCUCUUGGUAUGCCAGAAGGUGCACCGCCUCCAUGGCUUAUAAACAUGCAGAGAUAUGGUCCUCCGCCCUCUUAUCCUUCACUGAAGAUUCCUGGUCUGAAUGCCCCAAUUCCUCCUGGUGCUACUUUUGGUUACCGGCCCGGGGAAUGGGGAAAGCCUCCUGUGGAUGAGCAUGGACGCCCCCUGUACGGAGAUGUUUUUGGUAUCCUACAGCUGGAUGAACCUAAUUAUGAUGAGGAGCCUGUUGACCGCAGCAAGCAUUGGGGAGACUUGGAGGAGGAAGAGGAGGAGGAGGAAGAUGAUGAGGAGGAAGAGGAGGAGGAACUAAUGGAAGAUGAAGACAUGGAAUCUGGCAUGCAGUCUGUCGACACCAUGUCAAGCACUCCCACUGGCGUGGAAACACCUGACGUCAUUGAUCUUCGGAAGCAACAGAGGAAAGAGUCUGAAAGGCCAACAGAUAAGCAGUUAUACCAGGUUCUUGAGCAGAAGGAGGAGAAAAUCGCACCUGGAACCCUCUACGGGUCAAGCCAUACGUAUGUGGUUGGGGCACAGGAUAAGGCUGGGGUUAAAAGGGUUGAUCUUCUCAAGAAUCAAAAGUCCGACAAAGUGGACGUCACCAUACAUCCCGAGGAGCUCGAGGUUAUGGACGAUGUCCUGGCAGCCAAGUAUGAAGAAGCCCGGGAGGAGGAGAAGCUCCGGAACCAGAAGGAAGACUUCAGCGACAUGGUGGCGGAGGAACGCGAGCAAGAGGAAGAGGAAGCACGAGAAGGACGGGAAAUCUUCCAAAAAGAAGGACUUCAAGUUCUAGACGGGGCGCCGUUUUGCUACCGUUCCUCUUCCGCUUCCCAGGAGGGGAGGAUGUUUCCAUUUCUUCCUGUAGCAUGUACUCUACUCUAA